AUGCGUUUGAGCAUUGCUACUGUAGUGGGCCUUGUCAUUGCCCCUGCGUUAGCUAACUGCCCUUAUGCCCGAGAUGCGAGUACGGGGGUUGGCAGCAGUGCUGAAAUUUAUAUUCGGUUGCCUCACGAGACCGCUUCGAGCAAGCCAACUACAGGUGUUGCGUCUCCUACCCCCUCCGCAGCAGCCGAAAAAAAGGGUGUGCUAUUGAUGAACCGCAUUGCACCCGGCACCUCAGAAUUAUAUAUCGCCAACGCGGACGGCACCGACGAGCGUCCUCUAUUGAAGAACCCCGGUUAUGAAUACCACGCCGACUUUUCGCCUGAUGGUGAAUGGAUUAGCUUUACAAGUGAGCGUAACGGUGACGGAAACUCCGACAUUUGGCGCGUACGCCCAGAUGGCUCCGAUCUACAGCCGAUUGUGACAUCCCCAGCAGCAGAAGACAGCGUUGUGAUCUCCCCCAAUGGGACAUUGGCAGCAUAUGUUUCAACAGCCAACAACUACAACGCUAACAUCUGGGUCAAGAACUUGGAGACUGGUGCCGAGUGGAACAUUACCGAUAUUCCAGAUAACCGGCCAGACGAGGACAUGAUGCACGGUCACUUCCGUCCAGCUUGGUCACCAGACGGGAAUUGGCUUGCAUUUUCCUCAGACCGCAACACAAUAUGGGAUGGCCACGGAAAUCAAACCUUUCUCGGCCUCUAUGGCUGGGAGCAUACCCAAGAACUUAGCAUCUAUAUUAUCCGCCCUGACGGCUCAGAUCUUCGCCGUGUCGCCAACCGUACUUCCUACUGCCUUGGGUCUCCUAAGUGGUCACCAGAUGGCAAGCGUCUUAUAUUCUAUGAAAUGACUCGCGAUGAGACGUGGGAUGCGCAUCGACCUGAGACUGUGGCAGAUGCCAACUCUACAAUUGUGUCUAUUGGGAUUGAUGGAAGUAACCGUCGCACGGAGGUUAGCGGUCCUGGUGUGAAGAUAUUUCCUCAAUACGUCACGAACUCCACUAUCGGGUACUAUCUGAAGGGCGGUGAUAAGGAGGGCUUGUACCUCACAAACGGCACCUACUACAAUACCACUAUCCGUUCUCCGUCAUGGUCGCGAGAUGGAAAGUAUGUGAUUUAUGAGAAGGCUGGUUGGUCUAUCCGCCCUCUUUUUAAGGAGCUUUAUAGCUGGGACAGCGAUUGGGAGUAUCGUUUCACAGAUGUAUUCCCCCAACUCUCGUCAAAUGGUCGCGUGGCUAUGACCGAGAAGCAACUCGGGAACUCCUCCGUUGCCACUUUUGAUCUGGAGAGUGAUCAGGUCUCCUUGGUCUAUAGGCCCAAUGAUACAAGUCUUCUUGACACUACGCUAAUUGCUGAAGAUAUGGCUGGGGCCUAUAAUCCCAGCUGGUCCCCAGAUGGCGAAUGGAUUGUCUUUGGGGUGGGUGCCUGGUUUGACGCGCGCGAUUGGCGAGGGGGAUGGAUUGUACGUUCCACGGCAAACAGCAGCUAUCGCGAGGUUCUAACCACCAGCAACCUCUAUCUCAAUCAAACCAAGUACCUAAAUACUGGCUUUCCUAGCUUCUCUCAUGAUGGCAGAAAGGUCGUGUACCGCGUCUGGGGUGCUGACACUGCCCAGUAUGGCGACGAGACAGAUAUUGGUUUACGCAUCAUCGACAUUGAGACCAGAGAGAUUACCCAACUUACUAGAGCCUGGGACAACCUCCCCUCUUUCUCGCCCAAUGGAGAAUUUAUAGUCUUCACCCGCAAGGUUUCUCCGACUAACUACGACAUCUGCACCAUCCGCCCCAACGGUACUGACUUCCGCAUUCUGACUUCUAGCGGCGCCAACGAUGCCCACGCCGUUUGGCGCCAGGAUGGAAGAAUUAUGUGGUCCUCCGGCAUGUAUGGGUUUCAGAACGAGUGUCCUUUGUACGACAAAACUUUCCAGCCGUACGGUCAGAUCAUGAUCAUGGACUCUGAUGGAUCCAAUAAACGUCCUUUGACUAACUCCAUUUGGGAAGAUUCUAUGCCGCUAUUUCUUCCUAAUGAUGGGUUCUAA